GUGGUUUAUUUCACUGCAACAUUCCCUUAUGUGGUUCUGGCCAUACUCCUGAUCCAAGAGGUUACCCUGGACAGAGCCUCAAAAGGAAUUAAAUAUUAUAUCGGAAGCCAAUCGGACAUCUCCAAACUGGCUGAGGCUCAGCAUGCCUCGGAAGGAAUAUCGCGAUUUGAUACCACAGCUUCACUGAAUUAUGAAGAGCUCUCACCUGUCGCGACCCUAAAAAACUGGGUGCAAACUCUUCGGCCUGUGGAUGCCAAAACAAGACCCUUAGGCUCUCGGGAUAUACUGCCCAACAACAGGCAACUUUAUGAGCUGGUUUUAACCUACAAUUUCACCCAGGCAAAGUCUGGUGAAGUAACUCCAAGCUGUGCAUUAUUAUCUGACUUGUUGUAUGAAUCAGAGUACGACAGUCAACUUUGGAUGCUAUUUGAUCAAAACAAGAAGCUGGUGGGAUCAGGCGAUGCUUAUCCUGACAGGUACUCGCUAAAACUGGAUAAAGGGGACUAUGUGAUACGCCUGCAGAUUCGCCACGAGGCGCUGAGUGAGUUGGAACAUUUAAAUGACCUGCCAUUCCACAUCGAUCGCAAGCUCCCAGCUCCACUGAACCUGGACAUCUACCGAACCCAUGCCAACGCACUACUCAACAAGAGCAAGUUUUGCUCCCUUACGCUGCCCCCAAAAUACACAAUUCCAUUCUACAUCACUUCAUUGCCAGAUGACAAAGUUCCAAAAGGAAUUGAAAUUGGUUGCCACCUUACAGGAACACUCACACUUUCUAAAACAGAAAUGGGCAAGAAAGCU